ACUAGGAAUAGCCCACAAUAAUUUCUUCUGCUAUUUAUUUUUUAUAUUGUAAUUUGGAAAGAUGCUCACCUUUUUUUUCAUGAUGACAAUAGAAUUUUAGUCACAUUAUCACUAAAACUAAAGCAAUGUCAUCUAAUGAAAUAGUUGCCGCCUUGAAAUUAUUAUCAAGCUCGUCAGAGAAACAUAUUUUCAAUGGAAUGGUUGCUAUCCGAACCAAAAUUAUGAAAAGUAAAAAUGGAGAAAAACAGCUGAUAUCUAAAGGUGUUAUCGGAAAACUCCUGUCAAUUUUAAACAAACAGGAUGUGACUCAGAAAAAGAAUAAAAUAAUAGAUAUUGCCCUUAGUAUUCUAGGCAAUUUUUGUAUGGAAGAAGAAGCACGCGCUGAUGUAUUGAAAGUUCCUUAUGGUAUAAAUUGUAUUUGUAAUUGUGUUAUUGAAUCCCCAUGUAGCAGUAUACAAAACAGAGCAGCUAGAACAUUGGCUAAUCUAGCCUUGACUCCACUGAUUGUUGUUAGAAUAUUUCAGACAGACGUUUUGCCUCAACUUGUGAAACUAUUAAUAGAAUCAAAGAAUAAAGAAAGUCAGUUGAUCUAUUGUAGAGCUCUUAGGUUACUUGGUGCUAGCAAUACAGGAAAGGAAAAAUUGUUAGAUGAAAAUGGAGUGUUUGCUGUAGCUAAGUUAAUGUCCAGUGAAGAUGAAGAUGUUAUGAGGAACAGUUUAAGGACUGUGUCUGAACUUUCUGUAUCAGGAUGUUCAUACAAAUUUGCGCGACAGAUCUUAGCUGCUGGUAUUAUCAACAUCAUGGUAGAUCAGAUACAUCACAAAGAUUGCAGCAUUUCCCAUCAAGCUCUGUCUACUGUAAUACGAUUGACAGAAUUUGAAUAUAUUCGUCCUGUGAUUGGUUCAGCAGGGGGAAUAACCCUGUUCAUUACACUGUUGACUGAUACCAGACAACAUGUUGAUAAGAUUAAAGUAAUGAAUGUUUUAUGCUUAUGUGGAAAAGAAUCUGUAAAUCGUGUUAAAAUACGUGAAAAUGGCGCUUUAGAAAUUCUGCUAUCUGCUCUAAAUGGUGUUGAGUAUCAGAGACUCCAUGACAGAAUUAUUAGCAGUUUCUUAAGUUAUUUGUAUGAUGAACCGAGUCUUAAUCUGUUGCUGGAAAAUGGGUUAAUCGACAUUCUGUUGAGACAUUUAGAGAGAUGCACUGAAUUCACUUCAUCUACCAUAGUUAUAAGUUUCAGUGAGAAAUUUUUGGCACUUGAAGACUCUGAUAAAGAUACCGUCAACACAUCCGCUAAACUCCAACAUAUUAAGGCUCGUCCUAAACAAAUACCCAAACGGUGCAAAUCUAAAGAUGUAAGAAAGAAUAUGGACAAAAUUGUGGACGAUCUUCCAUCUUCAUCUACCUCAAUGGAUGAUUCAAAACCAAGCACCUCAAGAGUGAAACAUACUUCGGGUGGACUCUCUUUAAUUGCAGAAUCUCCAGCAAGUACAGACCUCAACAUUCCUAGGACAAGUUCAAUAGAGAUCACUCCAACAAAAAAAUCAAGCCAUAUUUACAGUAUAGAUAGUCCAACAUACGAGAAUCAUUCGUGGGAACCCUCAUCAUUAAGUGGAGGCAUUACAUGUAAACAGAGCUUCUCAUCUGGAGCAGGUACUUCAGGUGGUCAAUCACCAUACAGUCCUUUAAGUCAUGAUUCUUAUUAUUCUCCAGGUGUAUCAUCACCUUCCUACAGCAUUCCAUCACCUGCUAGUCCCGAUUUACCAUACUCUACAGUGUGGAGUCAACCAUAUCGUAGUGAUAGUCAUGAAGACUUAUCCCCCUUUAGCAGUAGUUCUGUGCUAGGUGGAGCUGAUGUUGGAACUCCUGCCUCGGCAUGGACCUUUUCUUCGUCAGAUGAUGAGGAUAUUAAUAAUGUUGAUGAUUCAAGUAAUAUAAAUAAUGCUGACAUUACUGAUAGAACAUCACCAGUAACAGAUCAAAUUCAUGACAACAUAAAUAUGUCUGCAGACAUCAAGGACAAGAUUGAAACAAUGAUUGAAUCCGAUGAAUCUGAUGAAAUGUCAACUGUUAGUGAUGCUUGCAGUAAUCUUAGCUUAACGGAAAAUAAAUCAACAGUUGCAGAACAUCCUAAAGCAUUAACUACAGAUAAUAAGGAUAUGACCUCUGAAAGAUCUCUCAAACAUAAAAGAACUCCAUCUGAAGAGAAUUCAGAGACAGAAGUUCAACCAAAGAGACAGAAGAGAUCGGCUAAAAGACAUGCUGCCUCCAAAAUAACAGAAUCCAAUAUAUUGAUCUUAUUGUCACGAUUUUCCGUUAUCAAUGAUCCAUCACAAUAUCUGGUGACUCCUAGGGUUUUAUCAUGUAUACUGGAUUAUAUUCGCGAGGUUCCCGGUGCACAAUCACGAUCAGUACGAACUAUGUCCAGGAUUUUAAGGGAUCCCUUGUGCUUGAACAGUUUGUUGAACAUAGGAGCACCAGCCAUUAUUUAUCAGAAACUUGUCUUAAAUAAUGAAGGUGUUGAUUGUUCAGAUGUCAGAUCUUUAGUCUCCAAAUCUAAGCGCCGGUCCUCACUAGAAUCUACCUCUUCGUGGCUGAGUCCAUUUUCUUCUCCGAGACAGUCUAUCAGUGAUUUUUCUCCGGAUCCAUCUGGAAAGAAAUGGAACUUCCCAACUGACCCAGGGUCACCAACCAGUUCUACUGCAAGUCUAGAUUAUAGUGUGGCCAGUCCUCAUUUUAAAAAAGAAGAAAAGGAAGAACCACCUAUAGACGUAACACAGACUGGUGUAGAAUUUCUGCGUGAUCUGAGUUUUACUGCUGAGUCCCCAUUUGGCCAAGGGGCCAUAACUCAUACUUUACUUAGGAAAACUAAAGCUGAACGACUAGCCUGUUGUCUUUCUCUUCAAUUCUUAUGUUGGAGCUCCAGUAUGCAAGAUCAUUUUUUGGUGAAACAUUUCACCCUAGAUUCUUUAUUGAAUGUUAUUCAGUCAAACGUUAACCAUGCCAUGCUACCUCAUAUUGUCAAUGGACUCAACUUCCUUGCACAUAUGUCAAAUAUGAAAAGAAAACUGAAGAAGGAAGAUAAUGUGUCUUUUCCGGUGGUUUUCUUGCCACCAGUUCUUGAUGAGCAGACGUGUCCAUACUGGAAUUGUAAUCAUGAUGUUUUUUUUAUGGUAGGGAAUGAACAGUUUGGGGGAAAUCGUGAAAUACUAGUCAAACAAUCGCCAGUAUUUGCUGCCAUGUUGGAAGGACAUUAUUGUGAAUCCAACCAAUCAGAAAUCAGCAUGCAAGAUACCUCUCAAGAUGCAUUUCUGUUUAUUUUACAUUAUUUUCAUGGUUGUGGGUUGUGUUGUCCAAUUUUAGCUGCACCUCAUAAAGAGACAAAAAACUUAGAAUUCUGGGAAAAUGUGUUGACUCUAGCUGAUCGGUAUUUAUGUCAGUUACUAUCUGAAUACCUUAUUUGGUUAAUAGCAUCAACAUACCUGACCUUUGACAUCUAUUUUCAUAUCUUUAUGUACUCUAUAUUCCACAAUUUUACAAGUUUGACAAAUGAAUGUGUCAGGAUGAUGUUUUCUGCUGAGCAGCCAGUUGUUUUGAAAGCAGGUAUUGUUAAGAAUAUUAUCAAGAAUAAUGGAGCUGGAUUAUUAUGUAAUUCAAUUAAAUCUGUUUUCCGAGAAUGUAUUGGUAAAAAUUUUACAUAAUUAAUGAUAUUUUAGAUUUGAUAUAUAUUAUUAGUACAGUGUACUUAUAAAACCAGAAAUUUUUUCAAGGUGGAUAGAAAGAAGUAGGCUUAUCAGCUAAGGGAGGUCCUGUGUGCAUUUAUAUGUCCACUCAAUUUGACUUUUGAAUCAUGAUGGGAAUAAUCUGUGGGAGUGAAGAAUACUGGGAUGACCACUCUAGAUCAUGGGAAGAAAGAGUAAAAUGCCACUGCCAUUCGCUAUUCGUGUUAGAUGGACUUAUAUAUAUAGCUUGUCUAUAUUGGGCUAAAAUUUGAUAUUUUUGUAAUGAGCAGGGCAUAUCUAGUGAUUAUAGAUUUUCUCCUAGUCCAUUUAUUUGAUAUUAAUAUGUUCUGUUCUCUACUACUACUUCUAACUGUAAUUGAAUAUUGUUAUGUUAAUAUAUCUCAUGAAUUUUGAAAAUUAAAUUAUUGAAAUUGUAUAUAAUGUAUGUGACAGAUAAAUUAAAAAUAUAUUACAUAUUAUCAUAAUGUUAAGUAUUGUUAAGAAACAAUGUCAUUAACAUACAUGUAUAUAGAAUUUUUCAUAUGUUAAUGUAGCCAUAUAUUGUCAUCACCUGUCUGUCAAAACUUACUUGCACUAGUCUAUAGUACCAAUUCUGCAGCCUUAUUGAUUUCGAUUGUUUUUAUACGCCCUCAUCAAUUAGUAGCAGCAUUAUUGACCUUUUAUUUAAAACUUGCAUGGAAUUGAACCAACAUGUAAAUUAGAGAGUUAUACAGAGCUAUAAUCACUCUGCAGGUAAAAGGUACCUUACUGAGUUUCUGUUUUUCAAAGCUUUCUUUCCAAUGCAAUCUAAGUCUUUCCACAAAAUGUAAACAAUUUAACUAAAAUUGUGCAUUUAAACUGACUGCUAAAUUGACUAUUUGCUGAAGUCAUUGUUUCUUGUAAACACCAACUGUUUGUUACUAGAUAUUAAAAAGUGUUAAGUUU